AUGAAGGUCGCAAUCGUUGGCGCAACGGGCCAGACGGGCUCCGUCAUUGCCAAGGCCCUUCUCGAGUCGACGACGCCGAAAUUUGAAGUCACAGCCCUCACGAGGCCCUCGUCGCUGCAGAAACCCCAAGUUCUUGAGCUGGCCGAGAAAGGGGUCAACAUUGUCGCUGCCGACCUUACGGGCUCCGAGGAAGAAUUGAAGAAAGCACUUACGGGUAUCGAGGCCGUCAUCUCGACCAUCUACGGAGCCAGUGUGACAGCCGAAAUACCCCUUAUCAAUGCCGCCAAGGCUAUCGGGGUUCAACGAUACGUGCCCUGCUUCUUUGCAACUGUUGCACCACCUACAGGCGCUCUUCGACUUCGAGAACUGAAAGAGGAGACUUUCAAUCAUAUCAAGAAGAUCAAGCUCCCAUACACUAUUAUCGACGUCGGCUGGUGGUAUCAGGUCAAUCUUCCCCGGCUCCCAUCUGGCCGCAUCGACUAUGCAGUUAUGGAAACCACGGAUGGCAUCGCUGUCGACGGGAACGUGCCGGUAGCGUUUACCGACCUGCGCGAUGUUGGGCCAUAUACUGCUCGGAUUAUCUCCGAUCCUCGAACCCUGAAUCGCAUGGUCUUUGCAUACAAUGAAGUCUUGACUUUUAACCAGAUGUACGACAUAGCUGAGAAAGUAAGCGGCGAGAAACUCCACCGCAAAUAUGUCCCCGCGGAGGAAAUUGAAGCUCGAGUCCGCGAGUGGGAGGAAAAGAACCCAGCCCCCGAUUCAGUUGAGUUCAUAACGCUGUCGCAGCUGCAGUACUGGUACUCCUGUUGUGUCCGUGGAGACAAUACUCCUGAAAAUGCCCAGUACCUGGGGUACCUAUUGGUCAAGGAUCUCUAUCCUGAGUUCGUCGGAACUACGCUGGAGACUUACGCCAGGGACGUUCUCGAAGGAAGGGGAAGGAAAGUGUAUGAGCAUAUUCAGGACCUGAUCUCGAUCAAAGCUGCCAAGGCCCGGCAAUGA